AUGAAGUCGAACAAGACAACCGGUCCUGAUGACAUACCUGUUGAUAUCUGGAAGCUGCUAGGAGAUCGAGGGUCCAUGUGGCUCGCAACUCUAUUUAACAAGAUCGUUACAGAAGGGCGGACUCCAGACGUUUGGCAAACUUCCGUGACCGUGCCUGUCUGGAAAGGGAAAGGAGACAUUGCUGACUGCACCUCGUACAGGCCUAUACGACUGCUCUGCCAUACGAUGAAGGUUUUUGAGCGUGUCCUGGAAGCUCGUCUGAGGAAAAUUGUUAGCGUUUCACUCAACCAGUGCGGUUUUGUGAAGGACUGCAGCACUAUGGAUGCUAUCCAUGCUGUCCGAAUCCUCCUGGAGAAACAUCGAGAGAAGAACCGCAGUGUGCAUCUUGCUUUUCUCGAUCUCGAGAAAGCUUUCGACCGUGUCCCACACGAGCUGUUAUGGAUGUCCAUGAGGUCGCAUAGAGUACCAGAACAAUAUGUGCGGGGGACAAAGCUGCUUUAUGCGAAGAACGCCAGCGUUGUCCGAUGUGCUGCUGGAAUAAGCAGGCCAUUCCCUGUAGAAGUAGGGGUUCACCAGGGUUCAUCCCUCUCACCCCUACUGUUCAUACUGUGCAUGGACACAAUAACGAAGGAAAUCCAGAAGCAGCACCCGUGGACUCUACUCUUUGCCGACGAUGUCAUGCUCGCGUCGGAGUCUCGAGAUGAUCUUCAGAAACAAGUGCAGUCUUGGAAGGAUCAGCUGCAGCAAUAUGGAUUGCGCCUCAACACAUCAAAAACUGAGUACAUGGAGUGCGGACCAAGGAUAGAGGAUGGUUCAAUUCGUGUUGAUGGCACCGAAUUAAACAAGGUGAACUGCUUCAAGUACCUUGGAUCCAAAGUGACUUCCCAGGCGACAUUGAUCAAGAAGGUCGAGCACGUGUUAAUGCGGCAUGGAUGA